CAUUAAUCAUGCUUGUUUUCGCUAAAAACGCAUAACUCAGUGCUAUAUGUUCUUCCGCGUGUGUUCUCCAACAAGACAUGCCGCCUUUUGGCGUGGUCCGGCGCGGCUGUGCUAUGCGAUGGGCAGGAUUGCUGCCAAGGAUGAGGUUUGGACAGCGUCGCAACUUUGUUUUCAGGGAAGACCUAGCGGCUAAGGUGGCUGAAUAUGCAGCAAUGAAACCAAACCCAGUAAGUCUGCACAGCUGGCUUGGCGAGUUUGCCGAGCCGGUGCAACUGGCGGAGUUCCUGUGUACUGAAAUGCCGAUUCGCUACGCUGAACGCAUACGCAACAUUGAGAGCAUACCAGCUUGGCAAGAUAUCAAAGAGCUGGUGGAUGUGCAUACUAUCCAGCUGAAUGCAUUUCAAGCUUUUGCCGAGCAAUCAAGGACACAAUGGCAAGACGUACAGCAUUUCAAACCUGUCGUGGAGGAAGUUCAAGCAGCUGACAGGAUGACAAAGCUUUUGCUUAUGCAAGCUGCGCAGAAGUUGCGAAGGCAACGCGGAACAGACAGUUUCAUGGACGAGUUCUCUCUGGAGCUGAACAAAUUUCUGGAUGUUUUUUUGUUGAGUCGCUUGGGAUGCAACAUGCUGAUGGGCCAGUACUUGGCGUGCACCGGUGCGUCUCCACUGAAAGGCAUUGUAAAUCCGCAAUGCGAUGCCUUUGAAGUCUGUCGAAAAGCUGCAGACGAGGUAAAGCGGCGGUGUGAAAUCUCCCAGGGCAGGGUGCCCAUUGUCCAUGUUGAGGCCUUUACGAUGGCUGGCCAGGGCGUGACCAAGGCGCCCCGGUUCUCCUACAUCCCGGGGAUUCUGAUGCACAUCGUGCGUGAGCUGCUGAAGAACAGCUGCCAACGCAGCCUGGAACUCGCGGAAUCCGCCUCAGAGCUCCACGAGAUGCCGAUCCACGUGGUGGUCUGUGCGGACAAGCGCCACGUGGUGAUCCGGAUCACGGACCGCGCGCGGGGCAUCCCGCGGCAGAUCGGGAGCAAGAUCUGGUCGUACUUGUACUCCGGAAGCCCCACGGCGAUCUCUGGAUUGAGUUUUGGCUACGGCAUCGGUCUUCCGCUUUCGCGACUGCACGCAAGAUAUCUGGGCGGAUCGCUGGACCUGGUUUCACUUCCUGGCUAUGGCGUGGAUGCAUACUUGAGCCUGCCUCGUGUUGAAGCAGAUUUGGUGGAGCAGGUUCCUGACAUAGAGCAGGAUGCAACACAAAUAAAUUUGCUGACCUUGUAAUGCAUGACUUGUCCGAUUUGUGUGGGCCAGACAAGCACCAGCAAGGUUCUGCGUUAAAACCAUUUCGCAAGAGGCAACCAAAUGCUCGCCAUAUGUACAUAGCAUGGACUCAGCUAACUCAGCUGAACAUGGUAAUGAUGCAUUUUUCCUGCCCGAAGGGUAUUCGCCUCUGUGUGGUAC